GGUUACUGGUGAGGAAAGAGGUAAUAUAGAAAGGUCCUCUGCACGAAGCUGUGAGAAACAUCACACGUUCUGUAUUCUCACUGCAUCACAAAGGAUGGACACGGACAGGAGUCACAAGACUGAGAGAAUAAUAAAUAUCACCCUGGAGAUUAUCUACCUGCUGAUUGGGGAGGAUUACGCGGUAGUGAGGAAGACAUCCGGUGAGUGUGAGACAUCCAGCCGCCAUCCCUGUGUGUCAGGAGGACUGAGCAGGACCCAGAGCCCUAUCAUGGUGCCUCCACCUCACUCACUGAUACAUGAGAGACACAAUGACCAGAAGAUCCUGGAACUCACCAACAAGAUCAUUCAGCUGCUGACUGGAGAGGAGGAGGAGUAUAUAGAGGAACACAGGGGUCUGUACAAGGACAUGAUGAUAGAUAAUCACCGGCCCCUCACAUCACUGGAUGGGCCCAGUAACAGAGAUACCCCAGAGAGAUGUCCCCGUCCUCUGUAUUCCCAGGAUUGUAUAGAGGAGAAUCACAGGAUCCCACAGGAGGAUCAGGGUAAAUAUCUGACUGAUAUUAAGGUAGCCAUUACAGAGGGAGAAGAAGAGACGUAUGUGACUCAUAUAAAGGCAGAUGAUACAGAGGGAGAAGAAGAGACGUAUGUGACUGAUAUGAAGGCAGAAGAUAUAGAGGAAGAAGAAGAGAUGUAUGUGACUGAUAUGAAGUCAGAAGAUAUAGAGGGUGAAGAAGAGAUGUAUGUGACUGAUAUAAAGGCAGAAGAUACAGAGGGAGAAGAAGAGACGUAUGUGACUGAUAUAAAGGCAGAAGAUAUAGAGGGAGAAGAAGAGACGUAUGUGACUGAUAUAAAGGCAGAAGAUACAGAGGGAGAAGAAGAGACGUAUGUGACUGAUAUAAAGGCAGAAGAUACAGAGGGAGAAGAAGAGACGUAUGUGACUGAUAUAAAGGCAGAAGAUACAGAGGGAGAAGAAGAGACGUAUGUGACUGAUAUAAAGGUAGAAGAUAUAGAGGAAGAAGAAGAGACGUAUGUGAGUGAUAUAAAGGCAGAAGAUAGAGAGGAAGAAGAAGAGACGUAUGUGACUGAUAUAAAGACAGAAGAUACAGAGGAAGAAGAAGAGACGUAUGUGACUGAUAUAAAGGCAGAAGAUAUAGAGGAAGAAGAGACGAAUGUGACUGAUAUAAAGGCAGAAGAUAUAGAGGAAGAAGAAGAGACGUAUGUGCCUUAUAUAAAGGCAGAAGAUACAGAGGGAGAAGAAGAGACGUAUGUGAGGGGUGAUCAGCAGUGUAAGGAGGAGGAAAUCCCUACAGAUAUCAGCACAGCAGAUGGAUGUAGCAGCCGGAUUGUUUUAGAGGAUCAUCUCAUUUUUUCUCAAGAUUGUGAAAUAGGUGAUGAUGGUAUCACCAGAGAGUCUCCAGUAGAAAACCCAAAUACCCCAAUUAUACACCAAGUACCUCACUGUGCAGAUAUAUCAUCUGAUCCCACUGAUCCUGGGAAAUGUUCUCCUGAUAACUCUGAAAUUGGUGCAUCUGUUACAGCUCUUACAGUAGAUAAAAUAUUUCCCUGUUCUGUAGAUGCCAAAUGUUUUACACAGGACACACAGCUUAUUACCCAUCAGCCAGGUGAGAGGCCAUUUCCAUGUUCUGAGUGUGGGAAAUGUUUUACACGGAAAUCAUCUCUUGUUACACAUCAAAGACAACACACAGGUGAGAAGCUGUUUCCAUGUUCUGAGUGCGGGAAAUGUUUCACACGCAAAUCAUCUCUUGUUAGACAUGAGAGAAGUCACACAGGUGAGAGGCCAUUUAUAUGCUCUGAGUGUGGGACAGGUUUUACAGAGAAAGCAAAUCUUGUUAUACAUCAAAGACGUCACACAGGUGAAAAGCCAUUUCCAUGUUCUGAGUGUGGGAAAAGCUUUAUACAUAAAUCUAAUCUUAUUAGACAUAUGAUAAGUCACACAACAGUGAGACCAUUUCCAUGUUCUGAGUGUGGGAAAUGUUUUAUAAAGAAAUCAGCUCUUGUUAUACAUGAGAGACACCACACAGGUGAGAGGCCAUUUCCUUGUCCUGAGUGUGGGAAAUGUUUUAUUAAUAAAUCAGCUCUUGUUAAACAUGAGAGACACCACACAGGUGAGAAGCCAUUUCCAUGUCCUGAGUGUGGGAAAUGUUUUACUCAAAAGACAUAUCUUGUUAUACAUCAGAGAUAUCACACAGGUGAGAAGUCAUUUCCAUGUUCUGAGUGUGGGAAAUGUUUUACGCAAAAGUCAUAUCUUGUUAUACAUCAGAGAAGUCACACAGGUGAGAGGCCAUUUUCAUGUUCUGAGUGUGGGAAAUGUUUUACACAGAAACCACAUCUUGUUACACAUCAGAGAAGUCACACAGGGGAAAAGCCAUUUCCAUGCUCUGAGUGUGCGAAAUGUUUUACUCAAAAGUCAUAUCUUGUUAUACAUCAGAGAUGUCACACAGGUGAGAAGUCAUUUCCAUGUUCUGAGUGUGGGAAAUGUUUUACGCAAAAGUCAUAUCUUGUUGUACAUCAGAGAAGUCACACAGGUGAGAGGCCAUUUUCAUGUUCUGAGUGUGGGAAAUGUUUUACACAGAAACCACAUCUUGUUACACAUCAGAGAACCCACACAGGGGAAAAGCCAUUUCCAUGCUCUGAGUGUGGGAAAUGUUUUACACAGAAAUCAGAACUUAUUAAGCAUCGGAGAACCCACACAAAGAGAAAGCCACAUUCUGAUUUUAUGAAAUGAAAGAAAUUAGAGUUUGUUAAGCAUUCUUAAAUUAUUCACACAAAUGUACACAGGUGAGACUUUGUGUGUGUGUAAGUGGAAAUGUUUUUUUGUCCUAAGGCUAAACCUCAUUAAGCAUGUGCCUUUCAUUGUCCUCUCCUCACAUUUUUGUUUUUGUUAUAUAAAGCUUUGAGC